CAGGAGAGUGCUGAGAAACGCUUUGAGCACGACCGAUGAUCAGUCUUGCGGCAGCACAAUGAGUGAACCAUCGCUAUAAAGCACACACAUCUGACGCGUUUCCCUGUGGAUCAUAUCGUGUAUAUGUGUGUAUGAUGGCGUGGGGCGUGUGUAGUAGAGCUCUUGUGUGGAUUAUCACGGCGAUUUUAUGCUGCCUGAUGAUGGGUUUCUGCAGCAGCAGUACGGUGUCUGUAACAGAGAGUCUGCUCUUUGUGUCCACACUGAACGGAAACCUGCAUGCCGUCAGCAAGAGGUCUGGAAGCAUCAAAUGGACCCUGAAAGAAGAUCCUGUUCUGCAAGUCCCGACGCACAUUUCUGAGCCUGCGUUUCUCCCGGACCCUCAUGACGGCAGUCUGUACUCUCUUGGAGGGAAAAAUAAUGAAGGACUGACGAAACUGCCGUUCACCAUACCUGAGCUGGUGCAAGCUUCACCCUGUCGCAGUUCUGAUGGCAUCUUAUACAUGGGCAAGAAACAGGAUGUGUGGUAUGUGGUGGAUCUAUUGACUGGAGAGAAGCAGCAAACUUUGACCUCCUCCUACGCUGAGAUGCUCUGCCCAUCAUCCUCUCUAAUCUACCUCGGCCGCACAGAGUACACAAUCACCAUGUACGACACUAAGAGCCGAGAGCUGCGCUGGAACGCCACUUAUUCCGACUAUGCCUUUACCCUGCCUGACGACGACACCAAAUAUAACAUGGCUCACUUUAUAUCGAACAGUGACGGUCUGGUGGUGACGGUGGACAGCGAGUCCGGUGACGUGCAGUGGGUGCAGAACUACGAGUCUCCUGUGGUCGCCAUUUAUAUCUGGCAGCGUGAGGGACUGCGCAAGGUCCCGCACACUAAUGUCGCCGUGGAAACGUUGCGUUAUCUCACCUUCAUGUCGGGAGAGGUGGGCCGAAUCACACAGUGGAAGUAUCCGUUUCCCCGAGAGAAGAAGACCAAAGAUAAGCUGAUGUCCACUCUGUAUGUGGGGAAACACUCCUCUGGCCUGUACGCUUCUCCCUCACUGGUGCAUGAUGGGGUUACUGUUGUGCCUCGUGGUAGGACAUUUCCUUUGCUGGAAGGGCCCGGUAACCAGGAAUGGAGUGUGGAGGAGGAUCAGGAGUGUGUGAUCACUCCCAGCACCACCGUGAAGUUCAGUGGCGCGCUGAAGGAGAGGAACCACAUCAACUUCAUGAGGAAUUCCCUGCUGCUCAUUGGUCACCACGAGACGCCACCUGACGCUCAUAAUAAAAUGCUGGAGAAGUUUCCGGAAAGUUUCCCCCGCCAGCACGGCAACGUCAUUCCCCCCACCACAGAUAAGACCAUUGAAGAGAAGGUGAAUGAGAGUGGAAUGGAUGACGGCAGCACACUGCCUCCACCCGUCUCCUCUCUGCAGGAGAACCCCGGCCGGCCCCCUCGUUUGGAGACACCUGUGGACUCUAUGCUGAAGGACAUGGCCACCAUCAUCUUCUGCACCUUCCUGUUGGCCGGAUGGGUGGCCUUCGUCAUCACCUACCCAAAGAGUGUUCAUAAGCAGCAGCAGCUGCAGCACCAGCAGUUUCAGCAGCAAAUGGAGGAGAAACUGCAGCUCCUGCAGCAGCAGCAGCUCAUCUUUCACCAGCCUGCAGACCUACCGCCCGACACUGACUUCCUGGAGGCGGCCCGCACGCGCUCUGAGAGCUCCACCCACAGCAGUCCUAAUGUCACCCCACGGGCGUCAAACCACUCCAACAUGUCCCUGUCUGAGAUGGCAAAUUCAGCCUAUGAGCACGAGGACGCAGAGGAAGAGAUCAACAUUGUACGAAUUGGAAACGUAACAUUCAAUCCCAGAGAUGUUCUGGGUCAUGGUGCAGAGGGAACGAUCGUCUACAGAGGUCAGUUUGAUAACCGCCCAGUUGCUGUGAAGAGAAUUCUCCCGGAAUGCUUCAGUUUUGCGGAUCGAGAGGUUCAGCUGCUGCGUGAGUCGGACGAGCAUCCCAAUGUGAUUCGUUACUUCUGCACGGAGAGAGAUCGCCAGUUUCAGUACAUCGCCAUAGAGCUCUGCAGCGCCACGCUACAGGAGUAUGUUGAACGAAAGGAUUUUAACCGCCACGGUUUGGAGCCGGUGACGAUGCUAGAACAAACCAUGUCUGGACUGGCGCAUUUGCAUUCUCUUAGUAUAGUUCACAGAGAUCUGAAACCACAUAACAUCCUGGUAUCGAUGCCGAACACACAUGGCAGAGUGAAGGCGAUGAUCUCAGACUUCGGUCUCUGUAAGAAGCUGGCGGUAGGCAGACACAGCUUUAGUCGGAGGUCAGGGGUCCCCGGCACAGAGGGCUGGAUUGCACCGGAGGUGCUCAGUGAAGAUGCAAAGCCAAACCCUACCUGCUUGGUAGACAUCUUCUCUGCGGGCUGUGUGUUUUACUACGUGGUAUCUGAGGGUCAUCACCCCUUUGGAAAGUCCUUGCAGCGACAGGCAAACAUCUUACAGGGUGCACACUUGCUGGAAUACCUACAGCCCGACAGACAUGAGGAUGUUCUUGCUCGUAACCUGAUUGAGCAGAUGUUGAGUAUGGAGCCAGAGAAGAGACCCUCAGCAGACAGAGUGCUCAAACAUCCAUUUUUCUGGAGCCUGGAAAAACAGCUGCAGUUCUUCCAGGAUGUAAGUGAUAGAAUAGAGAAGGAGCCGUUAGAUGGACCAAUCGUGAGGCAGCUGGAGAGAGGGGGGCGGGUUGUGGUGAAAGGUGAUUGGAGGGAUCAUAUCACAGUCCCUCUACAGACUGAUCUACGCAAAUUUCGAUCAUACAAAGGUGGAUCGGUCAGGGAUCUUUUACGUGCCAUGAGAAAUAAGAAGCAUCAUUACAGGGAGUUACCUGAGGAGGUGCAGGAGACGCUGGGCUCCAUUCCAGAUGACUUUGUGUCCUACUUCACCUCCCGCUUCCCUCUCCUCCUGCAACACACACACCUGGCCAUGCGCUCCUGUGCGGUGGAGCGCCCCUUCCUGCCUUACUACCACACCUCUGAACUGAUCACACACAGCACACAGACUCUGCCCUCCCAGCACACCAGCCAAUCAGUGCCCUCAGACUUAUCACCAUCCAAUCAGACUGCAGCACCACCUCCACAUGCAUUACCAAACACACAAUCUGAAGAGUCAGUGUCACCUGAGCUGAGCACGGAGCACAGAAUGACUGAUGGGCUCGUUUAAAUGGACACGUUCCCCGGAUGAUCCGUCUCGCUACCUUGAUGCCGUCUGGGUCUGCAGUGCCCCGGCUGUGUCACUGCAGCGGUCAACGUCCCAUCUGAAGUGCCUUAUGUGCUCGUUUCAGACAGCAGCUCUUGUGUGAGCGACCUGCAGGUUCUUUGUGAAGAUAAUAUGGACGACGCUGGAGACUUUGAGUGGCCUGUUAUGUGAUCACUGAACGCUGAUGUAGUCAUUCCAUUUUUAAAACAUUAAAGACUUUUGUAAAAUAUGGGCACUGUUGCACACAUUUGGAAGGCGAGAAAUAUUUUUGUUGAACACGAAGUGAACGUAACAAAUUCUGCUGGCAAUGUUGGUGGGUGAACCUCACAAAAAAAUGAAAGGCUCAUAUUUCACCCUAAAAUAAAAAUAAAGUUUAUAAAGAAAAUUAAGACUAUUUUAGGACAAUUUUUGCCUUGUGAUAUUAUUUUCUUUAAAAUUAUCCACAUUUUCCCAAUAUAUUCUCAUUAAUAUAAUGCAUUUAUUUUUAAACCUAAACAGUUCAAAAUUAUUUUUAUUCUCUAUGCUCAAAAGAUUUUCACUAUUGUAAUGCAAUUAUUUUGUUAUUUAUCUUUUAUAAUUAUUAUUCAAAUGUAUCAUUAUGUAAAAUCAUUAUAAUUGAAGUUAAUUUACAAUCAUUGUUUUAAUUUUUAAGCAUAAAUUAAAGGCAGAACAACAAUACCACCAUGAUGUAAAAAUGCUUUAAAUUAUUAUAAUUUUUUUAUAGCACUAAUGAGAAUUUGGCGGGAAAUGUACUUAACUCAUGAAAUAUGUCACAGUGCAAAAAUCUUAUUGGUCCUAAAAUAGACUAAAUAUCCUUUAUGCUAAAUGUAAUUUCUCUUAUUUCUUGUUAUUUGGGGUUGAAGUAUUGUCUUGAUAUGUUUUGUUAAAUUCACCUUUCUUUUCAACCUGAGAAAGUGUACUAUUGAACUGAUAAAUUUGCACAUAUUUUGAUCACUGCUAAUUGAAGUGGCCAUUGUGCCUUUUAAAUGACACUGUGUGGUGUGUUUUGGUCCUGAGGUAAGGCUGUUGUUUGCUUUGCAUUUGCUGCUGUUAACAUCAGAAUCAACUGGGUCACAUUAGAGGUGGGCUGUCUUUUCAAGUUCCAGGUAUACUAUUAUGACUAAAUGAAUUAUCCUAUGCUUAUAACUUCAGUUAAGCCCUUUAUAUGUUGGCUUACUUUAUUUCAAUAAAACAUGGCAAACUGGGUGAAUUCAUGCCCUUGGAUGCUGGAUAGUGCUAUUGUUGCAUUUUUGCUUUUGGGUGAUUCUCUGAAAUAGUUCUUAUAAGAAUACAUGGAAAAAUUAAAAUUUUUGUUUUGUUUCAAAUAGAUAAUGAACUUCAAAUCUAUGAACUGCUGUCAGGAAAUACAUAAGAGAGGCUUUACUUCAAAGUGCCAUCAAGAUAAUUCAUUUUUAUCUUACCAAGCAUUGUAACAAACCACAUUCAGUUUUGAAUUGAAAGAUUUCAAAUAGAGCUUUUAUAAUGUAACAUGUUUUUAUAAUGUUCUAUAUAUAUAUUAUAAAUGGCACAUUUGGAGAAAAUUGAUUAAAAUACAUUGAUGCUUUUUUACAUGUGUUAAUAAACGCUGCCAUUGUGCAAUGCA